CGGGGCGGACCGGGGCCCUAGAGCUGGCCCGGCCCGGCGGGGCCCGGAAGGCGCCGCACUCCCUCCCGGCCGCUGAGUGGCGGCGGCGCGUCACGUGUGCGCGGCCGUGCCGGGCCGGGCCGUGCCGUGACAGAUUCCACUGCCCCGGGCGCGGCGCGGCGGUGCGACAUGUCCCACCAGACCGGUAUCCAAGCUAGUGGAAGUGUUAAAGACACCUUUGUUGGAGCCAGAAAUGGACAAUACAGGCUUUUAAAAAUAGUCAUUGACAAUGAGCAGCUUGUUGUGGGAUCCUCUAGGCGGCCAGUUGGAUCAUGGGAAAAGGAUUAUGAUUCCUUUGUCCUUCCCCUUCUUGAAGACAAGCAACCAUGUUAUAUAUUAUACAGAUUAGAUUCUCAGAAUGCUCAAGGAUAUGAAUGGAUCUUCAUUGCUUGGUCACCCGAUCACUCUCCUGUUCGUCAAAAAAUGUUGUAUGCAGCAACCCGAGCAACACUUAAGAAAGAAUUUGGAGGUGGUCAUAUUAAGGAUGAAGUAUUUGGAACGGUACAGGAUGAUGUUUCACUGAACGGAUAUAAAAAAUAUUUGAUAUCACAGGCCUCCCCUGCACCUCUGACUGCAGCAGAAGAGGAACUUCGACAAAUUAAGAUUAAUGAGGUACAGACGGACGUUGGUGUAGAUACCAAGCAUCAAACAUUGCAAGGAGUAGCAUUCCCCAUUGCUAAAGAAGCUAUUCAGGCUUUGGAGAAAUUGAAAAAUAAGAAACUCAAUUAUGUGCAACUGCAAAUUGAUAUGAAAAAUGAAACUAUUAUUUUGGCCAACACACUUCAUACUGAACUUAAGGACUUGCCAAAAAGAAUUCCUAAGGAUGCUGCACGUUACCACUUUUUCCUGUACAAACAUGCCCAUGAAGGAGACUAUUUGGAAUCCAUAGUUUUCAUCUACUCUAUGCCAGGGUAUACCUGUAGUAUACGAGAACGAAUGCUCUACUCUAGUUGCAAAAGUCCACUGUUAGAAAUUGUAGAAAGACAGUUGUGGAUGCAGAUAAUUAGAAAGAUUGAAAUUGAUAAUGGUGACGAGUUAACUGCUGACUUUCUUUAUGAAGAGGUUCAUCCAAAACAACAUGCUCACAGACAAAGUUUUGCUAAACCAAAAGGUCCUGCAGGGAAGAGGGGAAUCCGAAGACUGAUUAGAGGUCCAGCAGAGACUGAAACACCUAGUGAUUAGAAGCUGUUUUUGCAUUUGUUAUAAAGUAUUACAGUAAGAAAUGAAAUUCUGGCUUUUGAUAAUGAACUGAAAUCAUUCCAUUCAUAGAUGCUAGGGGGCAAAAAAAGGCUCUUUUUACUCUUCUCUUUUCUGACCUCAACAGUUUUUAUAUUGUUACAUGACAUUUGUUGACCAUGUUUUAUGACAUGUGGAAGAGCUAAUUAUUUUAAAGCUACAAGAGGAAAACUAAGGUAGUCCCCCUUUAUUUUAAAUUAGAAUCCAUUAUUUAAUAGCUGUACAUGCGAUCAUAAACUUUGCAGACAUAAGACCAUUAAGCCUGUGUAUUCUGUGGUUAAGUUGCAGCUGCAUGCCUAGCUACAAACCUGUGUUCUUGUGAACAGCCUAUUGAUAAUCCUGAAGACUCUCCAUGUGAAAAGAGCUGAAGGACUAUAUGGCAUUGUCCCAGAUAAAUCUUUCUUUUUCCUUGUCACUCUUAUGGACAAUGUACAACAGAAGGUUUUCUUCUGGUUUUGAUAUGAUGCAUUGCUGGGGUUUGUUGUUGUUUUGUUUGGUAUUUUUGUAAUAGAAAAGAAACUAAAAUCAGUUAUCAUCAAUUAAUGUAAGUGUUCAGGAAUAGCUCAAGAUUUUCCCAUGCAAAAGCAUGGUCAUUUCAAAUUUAUAACUAAUUUUGUGGAAUUGUGUUUUAAAGAAAUUGACAUAAAACCACUAUGGCUUUUCCAGACUUCUAUACCACUUGUAAGCCUUACAUAUGAAGUACUGAAUGACCAAGUAAAAGGUGAUUAAAAGUGCAUGAGUCAGUAUACUCAGUAGAUUAUGGAGCUGCUUUCAAAGCAAUAUGCUUAAAGUUUCUAAUAAAUAAUUGAUUAUCUGUGCACUUGGAUCUAAAACUGUGUAAAUUCAGUAAAAAUUUAAAUAGACUUGCUUCAUAAUGGUGAGUUAUUCUGGAGAUCCUAGUGUGCUUGCAGUACCAACUGCAAUUUUAACUUUCCAGGUAUUCUGAAAAUGACUUUUCCUAAAUGUUCAAACUUGGAUAGUAACUUAAAUCUGUAACAAAAUCCAACUAGGUCUUGAAUAACUGCUGGCAGCACCUGGUUAAGUUUAAGAUUUUGUCUUUUUUUUUUUUCCUUCCCUUCUCCAAAAUACUAAAAUCAGCCAGAAUAGCCUAAAUUUGAUUGAACCAUGAGUAAUGUGUUUAAUAGGAAGACUAAGUUAUUUUAAUUAGUGCAUUAAAGAAGAAUUAGAUGUGGAAAUCAAGUAUUGGAUGACCGUAAAUAUUUAAAUUUGUGUAAUGAGGCAAAUACUAGUGGAUAGAUUAUAUUCCCCAGUGGGGACUUGCUUUUUAGUGUCUUGUAUCUGAGCUUUGAGGGUUUUGAAUUUUUUAUUUUUAAAGCUACAUGGGAGUUGCAAGUCUUGGUUCGUUGCAUAUUAUCAUAGGUGCUGGGUGUACACAUUAUAUAGCUGAAUCACGUGUUUACCUGGUGGGAGACAGAUUUUAACCUAGUUUUGUAGGGAAAUAAUGCUUUGACACUACUAGUUCCUGAUAAAAUUUGUUUUAUCUUAUAUAGUAUUUUGUUUGGAGAUACUAGCUUGUUAUUGACGUCUGAGAUUGCACUAUAUAAUGUGAAGAUUGCAAUAGUUGUUGGUUUUACUGUGCUUUUUUAUAUGCAGCAGAAAUUCGACACCUCAGCUUUUUUCAUUUAAUCUUAUACACUACAUCCAUCCAAUUCAAUAGCUCUUGAUCCUCUGCUAAUCUCCUGCUUGCCCUUAGCUCCUGUAUUCUUUUUCUGCCUCUUGCCGUCCCCCUCCAGGGCAAGGAGCUGGCCCUUGGAGUGUUUCUUCUACGUACUACUACCCGUCAGGCAAGUGUCACUGUUUUUUAAAUAUGGCCAAUAUGUGUGCGGGUCAUUGUGCACCAUAAUUCAAUGUAUUUUUAGUUGAACUCCGAAUCUUUUCGGCACACCUAAUUCACUUUGGGGUUUUGGGGUUGGUUUUUUUUCUUUUUUUAAGAAAAACCUUUCAGUGUAGCAGUUAAAAAUUACCACUAGAGGGGUUUUUGUUUGAAUUUAGUAUUCCUGCCCAUGUGUCAGCUGUAACAAGUGCACAUAAAUUUUUACACUUAUUUGAGCCAGUAAAGAAGUUCAGCUUUUUAAUACCGAAUGUUUUAAAUAAUGAAUGGUCUGGCCUGGUAUGGUUAUGUGCACAUUAUGUUUUGGGUGGGUUUUUUCCUAACCCUGCCCUAGGCAGCUGAGGGUAGGAGCUAGAAAGCUUCAUCUGGAGGGUGGUGAGAGCUGGUCAAGUGAUUAUGCAAGGGCGUUCAUAACAAGCUGCGGGAGAGUUCGGCCCAGACCAGACAUUGUGAGUUCUCUUACUUGAAAAUAUUCAACAUGGGGGUACAAACUCCUGACCGGCCAGCAGAGAGUCACGUCCAGAGCAUAUUUCCCCCUUGAUACAACAGAGAGUUGUAUCAAGUCUUGCACUGCUGACUGCCUCUCCAGUAGCUACUCUCCUGACAAAGCAAUAAGCAUCGUCUGGUCUUUUUGUGAGAUCUGUCACGUUUACAUCUGCGUUGCUGCCUCAUGUAACACUGUUAAUGAAUGUUCAGAGCCAGCACAAAAUGAGGGCAUUAAUGAAAGAUACUCCUUUACUGUCUCUGAUCAUUUACUAAUUGAAAGUGUCCAUUCAAAAUUGUUGUUGGCCUUCAUAAAGCCCAGAAGCAAUGCAGUUGCUUGCAGUUAACUCACAAGCUAUUAAAUAGUUGUUAAAUAACAUGACAGGUAAUUAUUUCUGAAAUGUUUGUGUUGCAAGGUAGGGAGAAUUUGAUGUUUUAAGACACUUCUAUCAGAGGUUUGUAAAACUAAUCAAGGUAAUAAUUGCUCUAUUACUUAGAAACACUUCAAUAAAGGAAACUUUUGAUUCACGGUGUCUAUGUAUUCAGUGAAAACCACCUUCAGAUGCUAAAAUUAACUAAGUUUACCUUAUCUAUUUUGUAAUUUACUUUAUAAAUAAAGAUUGAUGCUUUA